UUUAGUUGAGAGAAAUUCGGGCGUUUUUCCGCGUUGAUCGACGGCUGUGCAGCUCGGGUGGAUUGUGACAAUAUCGGUUUCCUGAUGGCGGAGAGCGAUAGGAUGCGACGUGAGUCAUUUCGAGGAACGAUGAGGCGACAUUAGCACGUGCGAUAUAGCUUUUUAUUGCAUUCGCUUGUCGUGGCACUGGCAGCAUCAUUGCUUCGUUCGCCGCUGGAUGUGUCAGGCAUUGCUGGACUGCUAUCGUCGUGUCGUGGCCAUGGUCGCGUCGGCGUUCAUCUCCAACCGACGGCGAGUUUCCCAACCCACCGUAGCUGCCUUCGUCGUGCACCUUCCGCAGUUUGUCUCGUACGCGUUACAAGGCAGCCUUCUGGCUGUUUUCUUCGUUAUAGGCAGCGUGUUGUCGUGGAAUCAAUUAGUCCCGCAAAGCUACGUGAAGCCGUUCGCGGUGUGGGGCGACGUGUCGGAGGGGACUCGGCUCGCUGUGCCGGUGCUGGAGGACCUAGGAGUCGACGCACGUGGCGUGAACCGAUGCGUCGUUGACCUUCCGGAAUUCACGCGGGUAGCCGAGGUGGCUGGAAAUGCGACCCAAUGGCCUUCCCUAGCGGUCGGUGAGGCGCUGGGGGGGAGGACUGAGCACGCGGGGAGGCUGGAGCCGGGGGGGAGGACGGCAGAGGAAAGGGUAGUGGAAAGCGAGGGGGAAACGAUGCGCGAAAGAGAAAGAGGUUUGGCGCGGGAGACCCCGCGUGAGAGGGAACUAGCGCGCGAGGGGGAUGCGGCGGAGUCACUCGCGGGAGGCGCGGAACGGAUCGCAACGAAUGGGAGCGGAGGCGAGGGGCAGAUAGGGCGGGGAAGCGAGGGCAAGGAGGAGUCGCAGGGAGGGGGAGCGCUGUCUACAAGCAGUGGGGGGGAAGCGCUGUCUACAAGCAGUGGGGGGGAAGCGCUGUCUACACGCAGUGGGGGGGAAGCGCUGUCUACAAGCAGUGGGGGGGAAGCGCUGUCUACACGCAGUGGGGGGGAAGCGCUGUCUACAAGCAGUGGGGGGGAAGCGCUGUCUACAAGCAGUGGGGGGCAAGCGCUGUCUACAAGCAGUGGGGGGGAAGCGCUGUCUACAAGCAGUGGGGGGGAAGCGCUGUCUACAAGCAGUGGGGGGGAAGCGCUGUCUACAAGCAGCCGCAGCAGCGACCGCACGCUUGGCAUAUAUGAGGCGUGGGCGUCCGCUUAUGGGCUGGCCACGGACUCCCCCUACCCGCCCUCCGCCUCGCCUCUAUCGGCGGGACUGCCCCCCGCUCCCCACCUGGACGACUGCAGGGCGCGCUCUGCCUUCCGCCAGGCCAUGGAGAUGCGGGGGAGGAUGGGGGAGGCGCCGCGGUGGGCGGAGAAGGCAGCAGAGGAGUGUGAGGGGGUUCCACAGCCUCCCUGGGUGCGCGGGUCGGAGGCGGGCAGUCUGGGCGGCACGCGGGCGGCACAGAGGGACCUGUGGGAGCACCAGUUCCCGCCGCACCACUGCCGGGGGCGCCGCCUGCUGCUCGUGCAGUGGCCAGCACUUCCCCCCACGUUGAACCGCAGCCGGGGGGCGCAACGAGAGGAAGGGAAAGGGGUGGGGCAGGGGGUGGGGGAGUGGUUGGCGCAGGCGGUGGAGGCGAUGGGGGCGGCGCUGGCAGUGGCGGUGAGCAGCGGGCGCGUGCUGGUGCCCCUGGGGGGGUCGUUUGGACCCGCCAGGCACGAGGCCUGCCGAGUGCAUGGCGCGUGGGGCGAGUGGCACUGCUACUUCCACCGCCUCGCAUCACCGCACUGCGAUGUCGCCGUGCACUCCGCCCUCAGACACACGCAGGGGGGAGAGGGGGCUCAAGGGGGGGAGGAAGCAGCGCGGCUGUGGCGGCCGUUGGCGGAGAUGCAGGGGGAGAUAGCGUCUGAGGCGCGGGUGGUGCGCGUCGUGGCUGAGGUGGUGGGUGGGCCGGGGGAAAUGGGUGAGGAUGGAGAGGGCGGUUGCGAUGGCAGCAGUGGCGGGGCAGUGGGGCGCGGGGGCAGGCAUCCCGCUGAAGAGGCUGCUGCGCUGAUGGGUCACGCAUGGCAGCACGUGGCAGUGGGGGAAGGGGCGGAGGGCAGCGCGUGCAGUGACCGGCGGAAGAAGGUGCAGUGGUGGCGGGCCCAAUCCGCGCGCUUCAUGCUGCGCUGGCCCUCGCUCUACCUCUGCCACGUCAUCAACCGCCAGCGCCACAGCGCCUAUGGCAGGCAGGUGGCGCGCAGCGGCGCCACGCGCGAGGCGGAGGCGGACGCUAUCCUCUCGUCGCUCCUCCUCCCCCUGCCGCGCGCGCGCGAUGCCUCGGCGGACGUCAACGAGCGCGAGGAGGGGCGCGAGCUGGCGGGCUUUAACUUCUCCGCGCCCAACACGGCGGAGACGGGCGUGUGGCCGUUCAGGGGGUUCCAGGGGUGCGUGGCGCGCGGGCGGGGCAACGUGAUGACGGCGCAGCGCAGCGCCAUGGGGGACUACCGCGGGGUGGGCGGCGAGGUGUACGUGUUCCGUCCCAUUGUCAGCAUGCACGUGGGGCGCGGGGGAGGUGGAGGAGGGAUGGCUGAGGGGCGGCAGGUGGAGCAGGGGAGUGCGGAUGAAGAGAGGGCGGAGGAAGAGACGAGGGGGGAUGAGCAAGAGAAGAGGGCGGAGUUGGCGGUGCUGGGCGCUGUGCUCCACGCGUAUGGGUUCCGGCAGCAGCAGCCAGACCUCAAGCACGUGUGGCUCACUGCUCACUCCAAGGCCAUCAUGCGGCACGUGGCGGGCUUUCACGACUGGAAGUUCCUCUACUCGCGGCACCUGCUGGGAAACCACACACGGGAAGGCAGCAGCCAAUCAGCAUCUGCCUGCAUGGCGGGGGUGGUGGGCGCGCAGCUGGCGAGCGUGCUGAUCGCCGCGGAGUCGGACUAUUUCGUGGGGUCACUGGCCUCGCAGUGCAGCCGCCUCAUCCUCACCCUCAAGACCACCAAUGGCCGCCUCGCCGCACCGGCUGUGCUGCUGAAAUAGUGUUGCCAUGCCAUGUACAGGUCUCCAGCAUUUGAUUCGAUCCCCUUCAGCUUCAUUCUUUCUGAAGCUGUUUCCUAGACUGGUUCAUUUUUCUGUAUGCAAGCAG